AUGGUAGUCUGCAGCAAAGUGGACAGGCCCCAGAGUAUCGUGGGAGUCUGCGGCAGAGUGGACAGGCCCCUGAUCAUGGCAUCUGUUCCAUGUCCACCACACAUCUGUCCCAUGUUCCUCACUCCCUCUCCCAUGUCCAUCAGUCUGUCUCAUGUCCCACACAUCUGUUCCAUGUCCCUCACAGUCUGCCCCAUGUCCACCACAGUCUGUCUCAUGUCCAUCACAGUCUGUCUCAUGUCCAUCACAGCCUGUCUCAUGUUCACAGUCUGUCCCAUGCCCAGCAGUCAUUUGAGAUGUCAAUGA